CGUGUUUGAUUUGUUGGUAUUGUUAAGCCCAUUUAGCGAAACUCAAGGAAAUAAUAAGGCUAGUGGGCUGGUAGUGUUUCACUUGUCAGGCAUUUGAAAACCCAUAUGUGACACACGAUAUAUGGGCGCAGUGUUUGAUAACAGCCCAUCAGCAUAUUUAACAGCACGCGAAAUGACAAUUAUAACCCCCUUGUUUUUUCUUAAUUCCAAACCGGGCCAAGCCUUUCUCCCGCCGAUGCGUGAUUUUGGGAGGGAAAAAACGAGGCUUUAUAUAACACCCAUUCACCAACGCCGCUUGACAUUCUUCCCGAUUCAUCUGCUGAGAGCUGUGGGGAAAAAAUUGCAGUCGAUUCAAGAGUCACGCUACUGGUGCGAAAAUGAGUUCGCCACAUCAAGGGAGCAGUGAGGCGGUUCGUACCCGUGUGAACAAAACGGAUAAGACUCGCCGGACUUGGACCAGUAAAGAGGAGGAGACUCUCAUUAGCUCACUGAAGGAAUUGGUUGCUCAAGGCUGGAAGUCUGAUAAUGGCUUCAGAGGGGGCUAUUUGAAUAAGCUAGAGAACGCGAUGAGGAGCGUGUUCCCCAACACGGACUUGAAAGGCGUUCCACACAUUAAUUCAAAGAUAUGCGCUUGGAAGAAAAACUACAACAGCCUGUUGUUGAUCCUGAAAGUCACCGGUAUUGGAUUCAAUGUGCACGGGGAUCACACGAUAGAUGUGACUAACGAAGAGUGGGUGCAAAUUGUGAAGCGCGAUUCGAAUGCGACACAUAUGAGGUACAAGUCGUGGCCUAUGCUUGAUGCAUGGAAGGAAGUGUUCGGUAAGGACCGCGCAACGGGUGACAACGCUGAGGACCUGAUGGAUGCUGUCACCGAUAUGUUUCGCUGCAACAAUACGGUGCAGAACACUCCUGUCGGUGACUAUCACGUUGAGCUUGAAGACGUGCUGGAGAACGAGGAUGUUGAUGAGAACACUAGUCAAUUCAAAAAGAGUGAAGGGACUACAAGUGGAGCUAAGAAGAAGCGUAAAGAGAGAGAUGAUUCAGGGAAUGUGUACGAGCUUUUACGCGAGAUGAGCCGAACCACUAAACAAAGCUUGGAGUCAUUGGGAAAUCGUGUCGGUUAUGAAGUUGACCUCGGGCAAGCAAGGAAGGAAGUGUUUGAGCAGGUCAGCAAAAUCCCGGGGCUAACACUUGAAGAAACAUUUGACGUGACUGAGCUAAUUGCUUAUAAGACGGAGCGACUGGAGAUCUUCAUGAGCCUACCACCCGAUGCACGCCUUGCAUAUGCGAUGCGCAUCUUGCAGGGGAAGAGUAAAUGAAAUCGAACCAAAUGAAAAUGGCUUUUGUGCUGCUGCUAUUUUGUAUAUAAUGUUGAUGUGGGAUGUCGUUUCUCAUACAACUAUAUGAUGCAUAUAUAAGGUUAUUAGCUACUAGUGUUGGUGAAAUUUGUAUCUUGUUCAUAUUUUGUUGGCUUAUAGGACAUGACAGCCUUAAUGAUGCUUCAUUGUUAUUAGCUACUAGUGUUGGUGAAAUUUGUAUCUUGUUCAUAUUUUGUUGGCUUAUAGGACAUGACAGCCUUAAUGAUGCUUCAUUGUUAUUAGCUACUAGUGUUGGUGAAAUUUGUAUCUUGUUCAUAUUUUGUUGGCUUAUAGGACAUGACAGCCUUAAUGAUGCUUCAUUGUGGAUAUGGUACAUUUAUAGAUAAUAUAUUUACAUAUUUUCCUUUCUAA